AGUAUUUUUAGAAAAUGAUAAUAUUUAAAAUAAUCUGCGCCUGACAGGAAGUCUGUGCAGUCACUUCCUGUGCCGUGGUGACGUCACAGCACCGGUGGCUCGAAAGGCGGGGCUGUGGCUGAGAGGAUCCCAGUCAAUACAGAACGCGGUUUCAGGGCUGCCAUUAAUAUCGAAAACUGGAGCAAGAAAUCGCGAGCGCGUGAGAUGAAAUGACAACGUCAACAUUACAGAAAGCUAUCGAUCUGGUCACUAAAGCCACCGAGGAGGACAAGGCCAAGAAUUAUGAGGAGGCUCUGAGACUCUACCAGCACGCUGUGGAGUAUUUCCUACACGCAAUCAAGUAUGAGGCUCACGGUGAUAAGGCGAAGGAGAGUAUCAGAGGGAAGUGUAUGCAGUACCUGGAGCGGGCGGAGAAGUUAAAGGCCUACCUGAGGAACAAGGAUAAGCAGGGAAAGAAACCUGUAAAGGAGACACAGAGCAAUGACAAGAGUGACAGUGACAGUGAUGGUGAGAAUCCAGAGAAGAAGAAACUGCAGGAGCACCUGAUGGGUGCCAUUGUGAUGGAGACGCCGAAUGUGAGCUGGAACGAUGUGGCUGGACUGGAGGGAGCCAAAGAGGCACUGAAAGAAGCCGUCAUUCUGCCAAUUAAAUUCCCCCACCUCUUCACAGGUAAACGGACUCCGUGGAGAGGAAUCUUGCUUUUCGGGCCUCCUGGAACAGGAAAAUCAUACCUGGCUAAAGCUGUAGCUACCGAAGCUAACAACUCCACCUUCUUCUCCGUCUCCUCAUCUGAUCUCGUGUCCAAAUGGCUUGGGGAGAGCGAGAAGUUGGUGAGGAACCUGUUCGAGCUUGCUCGUCAGCGCAAACCCUCCAUCAUCUUCAUCGACGAGGUGGACUCUCUGUGUGGCUCACGAAGUGAAAAUGAGAGUGAAGCAGCUCGCAGGAUUAAAACAGAGUUCCUCGUGCAGAUGCAGGGUGUGGGAAGUAACAAUGAUAAAAUCUUGGUUCUCGGUGCCACUAACAUCCCAUGGGUUCUUGAUGCUGCCAUCAGGAGAAGGUUUGAGAAACGGAUCUACAUCCCGCUUCCAGAUGAGCCAGCUAGGGCCGCCAUAUUCCGACUGCAUUUAGGGAACACGCCUCACAGCCUGAGCGACGCCGACCUGCGCCAACUCGCACACAGGACCGACGGCUACUCCGGCGCCGACAUCAGCAUCAUCGUCAGAGACGCUCUCAUGCAGCCUGUCCGCAAAGUGCAGUCCGCCACACACUUCAAGAAGGUACGAGGUCCAUCUCGGAGUAACCCUUCUGUGAUGGAGGAUGACCUUUUGACCCCAUGUUCCCCUGGUGACCCUGCUGCCAUAGAGAUGACCUGGAUGGAGGUGCCUAGUGAAAAACUGCUGGAGCCUAUAGUGUGUAUGGCCGACAUGCUGCGCUCUCUGUCCACCACUCGCCCCACAGUGAACGCUGAAGAUCUGCUGAAGGUGAAAAGAUUCACUGAGGACUUCGGACAGGAAGGAUGAAGAAAAUUAAACCCCUCCAUAAAUCAACACAACCCCACCCCUAUGGACCGAUCCUCUUUCUUUUACAUUUACAUUUUAACACAUCACUGUACAGCUGGACUUCCUGUAUGCAGUGCUCAACAUGAAGGAGUGUUUACUUGUGCACUGUUGUGUGUGUGUGUGUGUGUGUGUGUGUGUGUGUGUGUGUGUGUGUGUGUGUGUGUGUGUGAGACCUGUAGCUCGUAAUGUAAAUGGACUGACUGUGUGUAUUUAUUUAAGUAAUCUGACACACACACACACACACACACACACACACACACACACACACACACACACACUGCACUGCUUAAGCUCAUUAUUAGUUAUUUAUUUUGUCCCCCGUUUCAGACUGUACCAUUAUAGCCAUUGAACAAACAUAUUUCAGCAGCCGAAUAACGUUAAUAAUACAGUUAAUAUUAAUGUUAACAGCACUUUCUUUACCCAAACGCAGUUAAUUAAGACACUAACGUUCAUCUAACUGCCUGUGGUUUUUCCAGGACAUCUUACACACUAAUGAACGGACAGAUAUGAUAAUUAACUGUCUGAAUUGAUGAAUUAAAUCUGAACAGAAAUGUUUAAAUGAAAAAA